AUGAAUUUGACUAUUCCUGGUACUGAGGAAUGCUUUGUAAAUGCUAUGUGCUAUAAAGAUGCAGCUAUUAACUUAUUUUUAUCAGCUGUGGUAUUACCAACUCUAGUUAUCAUACUCUUUAUUCUGAUAAGCUUUUGUGUUCGCAAAAGAAUCAUGAUUGAAAACUAUGAAAAUGAUUCUAAGCUCAAGUAAAUUAGAGCAGUAUUCGAUUCACAUAAUGAUAAUGAUGAUUCAGAUCCUGAUGAGCCUAGUGCUGCGAUUGCAUAUCUUAAUGAAGUUAGAAUGAUUGAAGAUCAAGACAAUAAGUUAUUUGCAACAACUGCAGAUCUAAAAAAUAAAAAUAGAAGGCACAAUCAUAUUUAAAACAAGGCAGAAACUGACAUUGAUUUAGCAAAGCCUCAUAUGCCAGAAUUCUCAUAUAGAAGAGGUUUGAGGUUAGAUGAUUUAAUCUUUGAAGCUCAUAAGAAUUAGUAUAAGGAAGUUAUUCGUUAGAGAAUUCUAGCAUAAAGAGAAGAGAUAAAAAAGCAGCUAGAAAAAAUAUAGCUUAAAAAGGAAGAGGGUUCUAACACAGCUCUCUAACAUAUACAAAUACAAGAUCAGAGCAUAGAUAAACUCUAAAGUGCAAACAAUCCUAUUGCUAAGAAUAUUAGUAAAUCUUCUUUAAAGAAAAAGAGGUCUAGAUAAAAGUUAGGCAAACAAGUCAAAUUUGAUUAGAGACAGGGUAUGGAAAGCUAUUUGAAUAAAAGUGAUGCCUUCAAAAGCUACUUCUUGUAGAAUUCACUUAAGGCCCAGCAUGAUUUGGAUGAUGAAAGUUUAAAUGAAAGUGAAACUGUGUUUAGAAUGGAAGGAGUGAUAAACAAUAGUAAAUUUAUCAACUCAAAUUCUGAUUUUAGCAAUGACUAAUUCAAUUACUGA